AUGAAGGCGUCAGCCAAGUUGGUGGGGGCCAAGUUCGAGUGGCAGCGCUCCAAGUUUCACCGCCUCACCAAGGCAGCCCUGGUGCUGUUCCCAGUGCCUGGGAACAGCACAUUGACCAUGGUCAAUGUGAACCUAGGUCCUGAGGGGGCUUGUUGUUGCUCGGGUGCUACGACGGAUUCCCUACGAAGCUUCCCCACAACGCACGGAAUCACGCCUCAUCUCGUAGUCCUGUUUUAUACACUUCAUGGUAAAGGAUAUUUCACUGUGGACGUCAAGCUCUUUGGCCAAGGCACCAGACUGUAUGUAACAGAGGAGGAACCCAGGACGCCCCGUGUGGGUGUCUACCAGGCAUCCACAGCUGAUGGGAAAGGGAAGUCCACGCUGGUGUGUCUGGUCACAGACAUGCAUCCAGACCUGGUCAGGAUCUCUUGGAAGGCUGAGAGAGAGAGAGGCCAAUCAAACACAGUGGAACAGAGAGACCACAAAAGUACCACCAGUAUGAUCCAGAUUAACAAGGAAGAGCUAUCACAGAUGGACUACACCUGUUCUGUUCAGCACCAAACUGGUAUCAAGACUGUGGUCAUCAAAUCAAGAGUUGUGAGUACAAAGGGCCCGACCACUGUGGCAACGCCGACCCACAUCCCCAGCAGCGGUGUGGGAACCCCCCAAGACACUGCUAACAGCAGCAGCGUGGGAACCCCCCAAGACACUGUUGUCUCCUUCCAGUCUGUGUGCAGAGUCAAGCUGGCCUCUGUGGUUUACAGCCUGAUGAUAGUGAAGAGCAUAGUGUACUGCUGUGGACUCUCUCUCCUGCUCAUCCACACCAACAAGAGGGGCUGUUGACUGGCUGUUGACUGGCUGUUGACUGGCUGUUGUUUGGAGCAGCCGUGACUUCAAACAGGUUGUGGGUCAGAUGAAGUUUUCUGCUGUUAGCUUUCUGUCAUUAAACAGACGGGGGGAUGUUAGUCCAUCUAUCUGGUGAGUUAUUAUCAUCUGUCAGACGACAGGGCUGGAUUUGCUUUCUUCAGAAUUUUCCACUGUUUAUUAUUUAGUUGUUUUAAUUCUAAUAAAAAGAUUAACAUGUAAAAUUAAUAAGUUAACCUGCUCACUAAUUUGAACCGAGCUACAUCUAAAUACAGCAACGAUCAGAUAUGAUUUCUCUUUCGGUUGAAUUAUCAAUUCAAAAUAGUUCUCAAAGUAAACACAUUUAAUUUAUAUUUUGACUGUGAUAAAAAGUGGAAUGGUUUUGACACAAGUGUAAAGGACAAAGUUGGACAAAAUCCAUCCGUUAAUUACAAAACCUGUGUAAAUAUUCUGGAAUGUAUAUAACAUUUAGUACAUUUCUAAAUGAGCUGUUGUGAGGUUUUGAUGAGUUGAAUGUAAUGCUUUAUAACGAGUAGCCGUAAACAGUGAUUAAUAAAUGAGUAAUAAGACACUUAUAAGCUCUUACAACACACUUGGUAACACUAGCAGACAGGUUGGAAAUAUUAAAAACCGUCUCAUUAACGCGUCUUGUAACGCUGUAUCUGGUGUCUCCUGCACUGUUCCUCUGAACUGUUCCUCUGAAUGUCACCUGUUCCUCUGAGCACUGUUCCUCUGAACACUGUUCCUCUGAACACUGUUCCUCUCAACGUGAACACUGUUCCUCUGAACUGUUCCUCUGAAUGUCACCUGUUCCUCUGAACACUGUUCCUCUGAACACUGUUCCUCUGAACUGUUCCUCUGAAUGUCACCUGUUCCUCUGAACACUGUUCCUCUGAACUGUUCCUCUGAAUGUCACCUGUUCCUCUGAGCACUGUUCCUCUGAACGUGAACACUGUUCCUCUGAACACUGUUCCUCUGAACAUGAAUACUCUUCCUCUAGACACUGUUCCUCUUGGCAUUGUUCCUCUGAACAUUGUCCCUCUGAACCCUGUUCCUCUGAACGUGAGCACUGUUCCUCUGAAAACUGUUCCUCUGAACAUGAACACUGUUCCCCUGAACACUGUUCCUCUGGACACUGUUUCUCUGAACAUGAACACUGUUCCUCUAAACACUGGUCCUCCGAAAAUGAAUACUGUUCUGCUGAACACUGUUCCUCUGAACAUGAAUACUCUUCCUCUAGACACUGUUCCUGUGGACACUGUCCCUCUGAACACUUCCUCUGGAUACUGUUCCUCUGAACACUGUUCCUCUGAACAUGAAUACUCUUCCUCUAGACACUGUUCCUCUUGGCAUUGUUCCUCUGAACAUUGUCCCUGAACACUGUUCCUCUGAACGUGAGCACUGUUCCUCUGAAAACUGUUCCUCUGAACAUGAACACUGUUCCCCUUAACACUGUUCCUCUGGACACUGUUCCUCUGAACGUGAACACUGUUCCUCUAAACACUGGUCGUCCGAACAUGAAUACUGUCCCUCUGAACACUUCCUCUGGACACUGUUCCUCUAAACACUGGUCGUCCGAACAUG